UCAAUGUCUCGCGGACGACGGAGAUUCUACGCCGUCCGGCCAAUCCCGUUCAAGGUCAGCGGGGGCUCGGCUGCGGUUAUGGAACGUGAUUGGCCGGACGACGAAGAAUCUUCGUCGUCAGAGAGACAUCGAACGCGGGAGUAGUCUUGAGCGGAAGUGGAUGGCCGGUGCGUGAAAACCACGUGGGCGGCAUUUUAUGCAAGACAAGAUUCUAUGCAAGAUACCCAUGAGGUUUUAUGUGUGCAGACAAGACACAAUGAAAGAGCCUGCUUACAUAUAGAAGAAGGUGUAACUGGGUCAAAACCUGCAAUUGGAGCAAACUGUCUCCAAUGUACAAGGAACCUACUGAGCCUGCAUCUCGCCAGUCACCGUGGGAAGUCGUAUACCGGAGCGCCUUUUCGCCCUCGAUCGAGCCAUGAUGAGGCAGAUUAAGGCGGUGCUGAUAGAUCUCAGCGGCACACUGCAUAUCGACAACACCAAGAUUCCGGGCGCCGUCGAGGCUCUCGAGAAGCUGCGCACGUGCGGCGUGCCGCUGCGGUUCGUCACUAACACCACCAAGGAGUCGCUGUCGGUGCUGCACGGCCGGCUGACGGCGCUCGGCUUCCGUCUGGAGCGCCGCGAAGUGUUCAGCUCUCUGGCGGCCGCCCGCCGGCUGGUGGAGCAACGCCAGCUGCGACCGCUGCUGCUGCUCCAGCCCGAGGCACUGGAGGACUUUGACGGUGUGAACACGGAGAAGCCGGACGCGGUGCUGGUCGGCCUGGCACCGGAUAAAUUCAACUACGAAACGCUUACCGAGGCAUUCAGACUGGUACUGGACGGCGCAGCGCUGAUUGCCGUCCACAAGGCCCGCUACUACCGCCGCCCGGACGGCCUGGCGCUCGGGCCCGGCCCGUUCGUGGCCGCCCUGGAGUACGCCACCGGACGUCGCGCCGAGGCCGUCGGCAAACCGGAGCGGGAGUUCUUCCACUCGGCGCUGGCCGAGCUCGGCUGUCGGCCGGAGGAGGCCGUCAUGAUUGGAGAUGACGUGCAGCAGGACGUGGGCGGCGCGCAGGAGGCCGGUCUGGCCGGACUCCUGGUCCGCACCGGAAAGUACCAGCCCGGAGACGAGGCCACCAUUUCUCCUCCGCCGUGGCACGUGGCCGACGCCUUCCCGGAGGCAGUGGAGCACGUGCUGCGGCAGCUGGAGCUGCAGCGGAGUGGGUCCGCGGAUGGAGCGGAGGGGAGACCCGGUGCCGACCAGUGAGGGGUAGAGGCGGAGAGGGACACGUAGUGGAUUUGUUAGUUUGUGGUGAAGGGAAGAUGUUACCAUUGCGGCCUGUGGUUAGCGAUGUCAGGUGUGUAUGAUGCUGGUUAUGUGGAAUAAAUGAUAGCGGUGACAUGGAUCGUGUUAAGCGAUAUUGAUGUAAGGGGUAUUCAUUUACAGCAAAACUUCCACUGUUGCGACCAGGCUGGUGGCCUCAAAAUAAUGUUGGGUGGCUCCUCUCGCGACAGGGUUAUCGUAAGAAAUUCGCAGCUUUUGCCGAAUACUUGUUGCUACUGCUAUGUGCUAUUUGCCGAUUUGUUAGAAAAUAAGGACGCUAAUGAAAUUCGUUUUUGUUUUUGGUCAUUGUUCGGGACGGAUGCUAUCGGAACUGCAUGGAUCUGGAGUUUCGCCGUAUAUCGUCUCAUUGUCCGCAUAUCUCAUUGUUUUGUGAACAAUAUUGAAUUGUUUCGUGAAAGAGGCCGAAAGGAAACCUGUCGCGAACCGACUGGUUUCUCUUGUUUCACUCUUACUUUCGGAAUGCCGCUGUAAGGAUUGCAAUGCCGUUAUCCACCACGCUAUGCUAGACUGUAUCCGGUAUAGCAACGUUUUGCCCUGAUGUACGCAAUACAGAUGCAAAUAAUGCAA